AUGCGUGCAGCCCUCAAUGAUAUCGCCGUGCUGACAUCAUCAUUUUUUGCUGAUGUUGAUCUGGUAGCAUCUGAUAUUUUGGCUGGCCUUUUGUUGCUUGUUCAUGCACCUCAUCAACUACCUCCUGCUACCACUCAUACACCCGGAACCGAGGUAUUUUUUGAUCAAAAACUUCCGACAAACAAAUUUUUCUUCCCAAAAUUCAUCAUCAUAUUUGAUGCCAUGAUACAUGAAAUAGCUGCUAGUUCGGUACUGGAUUGUAUUUGGAACGCAGAAUCAUGCUAUUUUUUCUUUUUUCAUUUCAUAAUUGCAUUGACCAGUGCUGCUUUACCUGAUGGUCAGCUUUUUGGCAAUCCUAACUCACGAGGCAAAAUGAGCGUGGUACAAAGAUUGUCUGUGGAUUGCGUGUAG